AUGUCUAGUGAUAUAUCGUUAGAAAAUGUCCUUCGUAAAUGUGGUGAUUUAGGUCGUCACCAAAUAAUACAUUAUAUUUUUUUAAAUCUAAUAACACUUGGUAGUGGUAUAACAACAUUUUAUUAUGUAUUUGGUGUUGCCGAACCUGCUUAUCGUUGUCGAUUACCAUUAAAUAUAGAUUUAGAUAAAGAUGAAUAUCAAUCAAUAAAUUUGUUAUAUCAAAAUUUUAGUAAUCAAAAACAACAAUUAUCAAAAUGUAAUGAUUUAAAUGGUUCAAUUUGUAAAGAUUUUGUGUAUGAUCGAAGUAUAUUUGGUCGAACAUUUACUGAAGAAGGAAAUUUUAUUUGUGAAAAUGCUUUGAAAAAAACUUGGCUUUCAACAAUGUAUCAAGUUGGAGGAUUUGUUGCUUUACUUACUGGAUAUAUUGGUGAUAAAGUUGGACGAAGAAAAAUGAUUCGAAUAUUAACUAUUAUGUUAUUUGCAGUUCCAUUUUUUACUCAAAUACUUCUUCAAACUAUUUCAAUGAAUAUAGAUAUGAAGCUUAUACUUCUUUCAAUCAAUCAAUUAUUUUCAAGUAUUGAUGCUUAUCCAAUGGUAUUUCUUCUUCUCAUGGAAUUAACAUCUUCUUCUCAUACAAGUCUUGCAGGUAAUUCUGCUGUUAUAGGUUUUACUAUUGGUGAAAUUUUCAUUACAUUAUUUGCUUAUAUUGCACGUGAUUGGUUACGUCUUAAAUGGAUAAUAACGGCUUAUUUUGGACUUAUUUUACCAUAUCUUUAUUUUGUACCUGAAUCACCAUAUUGGUUAUUUAGUCAAAAGAAAUAUAAUCAAUUAGAAGUAUGUUUAAGAAAAAUAGCUAAAACAAAUGGACGUACAGAUGAUGAAUGGUAUUUAUAUUAUAAACAAUUAAUUUAUAAUCCACGUUUAUGUCUAUUAAGUAGAAAACAUGCAUCACGAACAAAUAAAGAACUUAUUCUUUAUUUUUUACCAAGAUUAUCACUAUGUGCAUUUAUUGGUUGUGUUACAAUGCUUUUAUAUAUUAAAAUAUCAUAUGGCCUUGGUGCUAUGAGUGAUGUUGUAAGUCCAUAUUCGAAUAUAAUUAUUGGUGCUAUUGUUGAAGGUAUUGGUUAUAUAUCUGCAAGUAUUUUAAUAACAACAAAAUUAGGACGUAAAUAUUCAUUUAUAGUCUUUACAAUAUUCACAUGUAUUUGUGUAUUAAUUAUUCCAUUUAUUAUGAAAUCUCAUCCAAUAAUAACAAUUAUAAUAUCACAAAUAGGAAAAUUAACUAUAAGUGCUGCAGUAUUAAUAACAUGGAUUUAUGUUCCAGAAAUAUUUCCAACAUCAAUACGUGGUGUUGCUACUGGUAUAUUUGUAUUUACUGGACGUAUAGGUGCUAUUCUUGCACCAAUUGUUGAUGUUGCACUUGGUGAUGAAUAUGCCAAAAUAACAUUUUUUAUUUAUUCAAUUUUAACAAUAUUUCAAAUUGUUGCAAUUUAUACUUUACCAGAGACACGUAAUCGAUCAUUUCAUACAGAUGAAGAUGAAGAAAAUGAUUUAGAUGAUCAAGAUUUAUUCAUAUUUGGUAAUCAACCAGAGAAACCAAAUGACACAACAAUUCGAUCUACACCUGUGAUUUUAAAAAGUAAUAAAAUCGAUGUUUUACAUACACAAUUUUAA